UCUGUCCGUCCCACGUCCAGACGGUCAGUGGCAGUCCGCGGCGAGAUGGCGCCAGCAGCCGCCGUGGUCGCGUGGCUACUCCUCCACCUGCUGCUGUCCACGGGGGUCGAAGCCCGCACCGGCGUCUGCACCCGCAAAGAGUCGCGACAAGUGCCCUACACGUACACCGGCUACUCAGGACGCACCUACGUGUACUACGAGAAGUGCUGGUGGGUGUUCGGGUCGUGCACGAAGUACGGCUACCGCACGUACUCCUACACGCGCUACUCGAACUACUUGGUGUACUCGGAGAAGAGCUUCUGCUGUUCCGGCUACGAGGGGAACCCCGACCUAUGGGGCUGCGACCCCGUCUGUCCAGGAGGCUGUGGGCCCAGGGAGGAGUGCAGCCAACCAUACAGUUGCACGUGCAAGGCUGGCUACGCGCGAACCAACGGGACGUGCCUGUCGCCCUGCGAGGCCCGCGGCUGCGAACACGGCUCGUGUACCGACCUGAACACCUGCACGUGCGACGCGGGCUACGAGAAGCCAGGUGAGGCAGAAGCUGAGAACAAACCUGUUGUGUGUCGGCCGGUCUGCAGCUCGGGAUGUGUGAACGCAGAGUGCGUUGCGCCGGACACGUGUAGCUGCCUGCCCGGGUAUAGUGACUAUGGUCCACUACCAUCUCACAGGGGGUCACCACUAGAGGCCAGUUACCAGCUCUCACCAAAGGCGCCAUACAAGAACACUUGCUGGCCAACGUGUCACCACGGUUGCCAGAAUGGCUACUGUGUCCUGCCGGAGACCUGCACCUGUCUGGACGGCUACGAAAUGGACCCGGGAGACGGUACCCAUUCCAGAUGCCUCCCGGUCUGCUCAACGCCGUGCACCAACGCCAACUGCACAGCCCCAGACACCUGCAGCUGCCUCGCUGGCUACGAGAGGGACGCCAAAGAUCUGUCUGGGGCUACCUGCAUUCCCAUCUGCCCGCACCCCUGCGUGAAUGCCGAGUGCACUGCCCCGGCGACGUGCACCUGUUUGGAUGGCUACCAGAAGGAUCCCGAGGAUGCGACCAUCUCCACCUGCACUCCCAUUUGCUCCACUCCGUGCACCAAUGCCAACUGUACAGCCCCAGACAUCUGCACCUGUCUCACUGGCUACGAGAGGGAUCCCGAAGACCUGUCUGGGGCUACCUGUGUCCCCGUCUGCCCGGACCCCUGUGUGAAUGCCGAGUGCACUGCCCCAGCUACCUGCACUUGCUUUGACGGCUACCAGAAGGAUCCUGAGGAUGCGACCAACUCCACCUGCACUCCCAUUUGCUCCACUCCGUGUACCAACGCCAACUGUACAGCCCCAGACAUCUGCACCUGUCUCACUGGCUACCAGAGGGACGCCGAAGACCUGUCUGGGGCUACCUGUGUCGCCGUCUGCCCGGACCCCUGUGUGAAUGCCGAGUGCACUGCCCCAGCUACCUGCACUUGCUUGGACGGCUACCAGAAGGAUCCUGAGGAUGCGACCAACUCCACCUGCACUCCCAUUUGCUCCACUCCGUGCACCAACGCAAACUGUACAGACCCUGAUAUCUGUACUUGCUUCGACGGCUUCGAGGUGGACCUCGAGGACUUGUCCGGUUCCACCUGCCUCCCUAUCUGCUCCAAUCCGUGCACCAACGCCAACUGUACAGAGCCCGAGAUCUGUACCUGCUUCGAGGGCUACGAGCUGGAUCCGGAAGAUACGACCGCGUCCACGUGCUUGCCCGUAUGCUCGUUCCCUUGCGUGAACGCGAACUGCACGGAACCGGGAACUUGCACCUGCUGGGAUGGCUAUGAAACCGAUCCGGAUGACCCUUUCAACUCUACAUGCGUGCCCGUGUGUCCCGACGGCUGCACCAACGCCAACUGCACUGCGCCGUGGACGUGCAAGUGUCUGGACGGGUACGAGAUGGACCCUGGCGACGAAGGAAAUUCCACGUGUCUUCCUGUCUGCUCCAAUGGCUGCGUCAAUGGCAACUGCACCCAGCCGGGGGUUUGCACGUGCUUCGAUGGCUUCAGAAUGCUUCCAGGCGAUGAGACCAAGUCAGUUUGCUACAACAUCGCGCACAUGUCAUGGCUGAUAGGAGGAGGGGCGGGUGCGGCGGCGCUGCUGGUCCUGAUGUCGACUACGUCCAUCGCAGUCUGCUGUUUCCUGCGGAGAAGACGCAGCUACGUCGUCAAAGGGGAAGGUGUUUUUGUGAACCCGUCCUUCGGUAUUUUCGACCCGGCAUCGGAGAUCGACGAUCUACUGGACGAGAUGAGGAAGGAAGAAAUCGAGGAACAGACCAGACACCGGAUGCUGAGCCAAUCACCCGGCGGGCGACUUGAGUUUUUGUAGAAUUCCGAGGUUUUGUAAUUAAAUGCCGGUGGAUCUUGUUUACUAACAAUAACUGGUUUCGGUAAACAGAGCUACCAUCAUAUGAUAUGUUAAUAGUGUACAUAAAGUGUAAAGGAAAUUGCAUUAUAAGAAUAGCGUCAAAUGCCAUAAAUAUCAUGCACAUACCUCGAUAAAGGGUGAUGAUACUAGUAUUUACAAUGUGUUUCGCCAGGCGCAUCCGUCCCAUAUUACGAGUCACGGAGCACAUCACUGAUACAAGAGCGCCACUGUACUGGCAGUCGGCUAGAGGUCGGUAGUGUAUUCAUAUUAUUGUCAACUGCAAGUGUAU